UAAAUAGCAGAAACUUCAAAAUACAACUCCAAAGGUGAGUUUUCGCUAAACAAAAGUUUGAUAACUAUCUAAAAUCUGGCAAAUAAAUUAAAUCAUCUCAAUAAAAUUAAUGGUCUAAAGUAAAAUUUUAAUACGAGAACUUAAAUAUAUGCGCAUUAAACAUUUAACUUCACAUAAUAAUAUUAUUAUAUUAUUUUUAAGAAAGUAAAUACAGUAUAGCUUUCUUAAUUACCAUACAAAAAAGUUAUAUGUGUAAUUUUCUCUACUUUUGUACGGUCAAAUAAUGCAAAGACCCACUUGCAAUGCAAGACCAGAAUAAUAUUGUAUUCUUUCCACAUGAAUCUCAUUUAUUUCUUGCAUAUUUUUUAUUUUUUUUUGUUAAUGUUAGUACUACUAAUAAUAAUUAAGGCACCACCUACUACACACACAUAUAUACAAUAAUAAUAAAAUAUAUCUGUCUGAGAAGAAAAAAUUGAGGUCGCUUUUCUUGACAGUCGACCCCGCUUCCAUCUCCAGAUUUCUUUGAUAUAUUGAUGCUUUGACCUCAUUAAACGAAGGGCAUUGAGGAACUAUUAGUGUCGCACUUUCCCCGCAAUUUAGAUUCGAUCGGAAAGGGGAGGAAGUAAAAGAAUAGAGGAUGUUGGCUGCUAAAACCCUCCCAGUUUCUUCCCCAAUCACUAAAGUCUCCAACUUUGGUGAUUCCGGUCUCAUUUUCCCAAAAUCUGUUUCAGCGAUCAAAGCCAAUCGAAACAUCCUUAGCAAUCCUUUUCAAGCCUCAUGCCUAAAAACGUCCUUGGAAUCCGUCGUUGCACCUGAUAUUCAAUCUUUCCCUGCAGCGACCCGAGUGAAAAUCCUUUCUGAAGCACUACCGUUUAUUCAGAAAUUCCGAGGCAAGACCAUUGUAGUGAAAUAUGGAGGAGCUGCAAUGAAAUCUGAGGCACUUCAGGCCUCUGUUAUUGCUGAUCUUGUCCUCCUUUCCUGUGUUGGUAUGCGCAUUGUCUUUGUCCAUGGGGGUGGUCCUGAAAUCAACCAAUGGCUUGGUAAAUUGGGAAUCAAACCCAACUUUUUGAAUGGUCUUCGUGUUACCGAUGCCUCAACCAUGGAGAUUGUAUCGAUGGUUUUGGUGGGUAAAGUCAACAAACAUUUGGUUUCCUUGAUUAACAAGGCUGGGGCAACUGCAGUGGGAUUAUCAGGAAUUGACGGACAUCUUUUAACUGCACGUCCUUCCCCCAACUCCGAACUUGGUUUUGUUGGGGACAUUGCUAGUGUGGACCCUAGUGUACUGCGUCCACUCAUUGACAAUUACCAUAUCCCGGUGAUUGCCUCUGUUGCAGCUGAUAAGAGUGGUCAAUCCUACAAUAUUAAUGCAGACACGGCAGCAGGUGAGUUGGCAGCAGCUCUUGGAGCUGAAAAGCUGAUCUUGUUGACAGAUGUGGCUGGAAUUCUGGAGGACCGCAAUGAUCCUGGGAGUUUGGUGAAGCAGAUUGACAUAAAAGGCGUAAAGAAGAUGACAGAUGAUGGCAAGGUUGCUGGUGGGAUGAUCCCCAAGGUGAGUUGUUGUGUCAGGUCGUUGGCUCAAGGGGUGAGGACUGCAAGUAUUAUUGAUGGAAGGCUGGAGCAUUCCGUACUUCUUGAGAUUCUCACUGAUGAAGGGGCUGGAACAAUGAUCACUGGCUAGAUAACAUUAUCGCUAGUUGAGCAACUAUUUUAUGAAUUUUCAAAUGAUUUAGCAAGAUAGGCUUCUCUAAGCCCUAUCAAUAUGUUAUCAAUCUGCUACAAAAAUUUGGUAGACUGAUGCAAGCUUGGUCCAUCCUAAUGGUUUUCAUUGUAUGAAUAAAGAUCGAGUGGAUAUCCAUCCUAAUGGUUUUCCUUGUAUGAAUAAAGAUCGAGUGGAUAUUACUAGCA